GGCCAAUUAGAGGUGCAGGGUGAGAACACGCACCUGCCCAGGGAUUAGCAGGGCCGCUAUAAAAGGGACCGGAGAGGGACCGGAGACAACAAAAAGUCAAGAAAGAAGUGAGAAAAAGCUCAGCAUCCGCAGGAAAGAAAAUGUCCGACACUGCAGUUGCAGCCCCCGUGGACAAGAAGGGCCCCCCCAAGUUCAAGCAGAGGACCGCACGCACCUUCAAGAGCAAGGCCCCCAAACCUGGCCAGAAGGGGUUUGGGGACGACAUCCCCGGCAUGGAGGGUCUGGGCACAGACAUCACAGUGGUGUGUCCCUGGGAGGCCUUUGGGGACAUGGAGCUCAGUGACCUGGCCAAGUAUGGAAUUGUCUAGAAGGAAUCUAGAAGGAUUGUAGAAAGAAUAUCCACGCGUGUUUCUGCCAUGGACCACCUCAAACAUGUCCUCUGCUCCAACCCUGCACUACCUCCACCGACCCACAUCCCCACCGCACCACCCGAUGGUUGAUGUCCGCCACUCUGACCACUCAUGCAGACUUUGUGUACUCUACAUACUGUACAUCUUCUACUAUACAUGAAUACUUCAUUAUUAUUGUACCUUGUGAUAUUUAUACAUAAUAUUGUACUGUAUAUUACUACUUCAAUAUUAUAGUACUCUAUGAUAUUGAUGGAUACAUAUUAAAGUACUGUAUGAUAUUGAUGGAUACAUAUUAUAGUACUGUAUGAUAAUACAGUACUUCUUCUAUCUUAUCUGGGGGACCAUUUCACUUACCACCAUCCUUAAAUGGAUAUUCACUACUGUUGUACUUGUAAUAUGGUAUUGUGAAUAAACUCAACUUCAAACUACAUGAAUAUUAUAGUACUGUAUGAUAUUGAUGAAUACAUAUGUACUAUAGUACUUAAAAAUAUUUAUACAAGAAUAUUAUAGCGCUGUAUAAUAUUAUUUCAUGACUAUAAUAGUAUUGUAGCUGAGAUAGGCGCCAGCGCCCCCCGCGACCCCAAAAGGGAAUAAGCGGUAGAAAAUGGAUGGAUGGAUGGAUAUUAUAGUACUGUAUAAUAUUGCUACAUGAAUAUUAUAGUGCUGUACAAUAUUGAUACAUGACCAAUAAAAUACUGUAUAAUAUUGAUACAUGACUAUUAUAGUACUGUAUAUAGCAUAAGAUCAUCAUCACAUGAUCAUUUUGGACCAGGGUUGCCUCCCGAACCCUCUCCUCUUCUUCCCGCCUUUAUCGCCGCAUGACCCCUGACCCCUGACCUCCUUGGACCCACGACUUCCUGUACAGAUGUUUGCGAAAGAUACAUUUCUAUUUUUUAUUAGCGACUCCAUGAAUGAAUGUCAGACGUCAAAGUUUGGUGUUCCCUGAAACCAUGUUGGUGUUUCUGUCACCUGCCGCAAAUAUUACAUGAUUGAUUAUGAUUAAUGAUUAUUAACGAUGAAAUAUUACCAGACGACCACUUCGAGGUGUCACACCACUCACUCGUCUUUCUGCUGAAUUAAAAGGGAAAGUGCA